GUUUGGUAAUUCCUUUUUCUCACUUCUAUGAACCAAACUAAUACAAUUACAUUUAACAAGACGGUUUUGAUUUUGUUUGAUAGCUCUGAAAAUUGGAUGCUGUCCCUUUAAAGGAAUUGACCUUUCACUCACUUCCUAUUACAACGAUUGUACUUCCUGUGUAACUAUGCGCAUGUGGUAAACAAGAAUAAGCAUGGAUUUUGCGAGUAAGUGGAGUAGUUUACUGACAAGUCCAAGCCUUAAACAUUUAACAGAAGCAGGCUACGGCAUACCGAAGGAAAAACAACAUGCCGCUGUUCAGGACCUAACGAAGGCUCAUAUUGAGUCGUUUGACCAAGCAGUUUCAGAAGGACUGUGUCGUGCUGUACAGGCCAUCCGUCCCUUGGAGUUUAUGUUUAAAAAUGACCGGAUCAGCCUGGCAUUUGUGGAGGCCACCAUCUUUAAACCAGUGGUGGGCAAAGGAAGCAUCUGCCGGGACCUGAGGGUGUUCCCAGCAGAGUGCAGAGGGAGACGCUGCUCCUACCGGGGGAAGCUUGUGGCAGAUGUCAGCUGGUCCGUGAAUGGGGUUCCCAAAGGCAUCAUCAAGCAGUCUCUGGGCCAGUUGCCCAUCAUGGUGAAGUCUAGGCUGUGUAACCUACAUGGGCUCCCUCCCAAAGAGCUCAUUGAGCACCAUGAGGAGGCUGAGGAAAUGGGUGGUUAUUUUAUUGUGAAUGGGAACGAGAAGGUUAUUCGCAUGCUGAUCAUGCCAAGGAGGAACUACCCUAUCGCUAUGUCAAGGCCGAAGUGGAAGAACAGAGGCCAGGGAUACACUCAGUAUGGUGUCUCAAUGCACUGUGUGAAGGAGGAGCACACCGCUAUCAAUAUGAACCUGCAUUACCUGGACAAUGGGACUGUGAUGCUCAACUUCAUAUACCAGAAAGAGCUCUUCUUCCUCCCCCUGGGCUUUGCACUAAAGGCUCUAGUGGACUUCACAGACUUCCAGAUUUACCAGGAGCUGAUCAAAGGUCGUGAGGCGAACUCCUUCUACAAGAGCUGUGUGUCUGAGAUGCUGCGACUCGUCAUGGAGGAGGGCUGCAUCACCCGUGGCAAGGUGCUCAACUACCUGGGCGAGCGCUUCCGGGUCAAGAUGAACCUGCCAGAGUGGUACACCCAUGAACAGUGUGCCAACUACCUGCUAGACCAGUGCAUCUGUAUCCACCUGAGGUCGGACGUGGAGAAGUUCUACCUGCUGUGUCUGAUGACGCGGAAGCUAUUCACAUUUGCCAAGCAGGAGUGCAUGGAGGAGAACCCGGACAGUCUGAUGUGUCAGGAGGUGCUCACGCCAGGACGGCUCUACCUAAUGUUUCUCAAGGAGAAGAUGGCUGCCUGGAUGGUGUCUGUGAAACUGUCCAUGGACAAGAGGGCCCAUAGGCUGACUGGUGGGGUGAGCUCUGAUAAUCUGGUGAAGAUGUUCAACAUGGGCUCUGAUGUUACCCAUCCCUUUGAGUAUCUGCUAGCCACUGGGAAUCUCACUUCGAAGACGGGUCUGGGCAUGCUCCAGAACACGGGACUGUGUGUGGUGGCCGACAAGCUCAACUUCAUCCGAUACCUGUCCCACUUCCGCUGCGUGCACAGAGGGGCAGCCUUUGCCAAGAUGAGGACCACCUCCGUACGUCGUCUGCUGCCCGAGUCCUGGGGCUUCUUGUGCCCCGUGCACACCCCCGACGGAGAGCCCUGCGGCCUCAUGAACCACAUGACGGCCCACUGUGAAAUCAUAGCCCCGGCCCUGCCCACCACCACCCUCCCUGCCCUGCUCUGCUCCCUCGGUGUGACUCCUGUGGAUGGUUCUCCUGGCAGGGCCUACACUGACUGCUAUCCUGUGCUCCUGGAUGGUGCCAUGGUGGGUUGGGUAGAGACUGAUCUGGCCCCCUUCCUCGCAGACUCCCUCCGCAGGUUCAAGGUGUUGAAGGAGAAGAAGAUCCCUCCCUGGACUGAGAUAGUUCUGGUUCCCCAGACCAGCAAGGCCAGCAUGUACCCAGGCCUGUACCUCUUCACCACCCCCUGCCGCAUGGUGCGGCCUGUCCACAACCUGGCCCUGGGCCAGCAGGAACUGAUCGGCACCUUUGAACAGCUCUACAUCAACGUGGGCAUCAGUGAGGAUGAGAUCGAGCCGGGUGUGACCACCCACCAGGAGCUCUUCCUCCACAGCAUGCUGAGCGUGGUGGCUAACUUCAUCCCUUACUCGGACCACAACCAGAGUCCCAGGAACAUGUACCAGUGCCAGAUGGGUAAACAGACCAUGGGCUUCCCCCUCCACUCGUUCCAGGACCGCUCGGACAACAAGCUGUACCGCCUUCAGACCCCUCAGAGCCCUCUGGUCAGGCCUGUCAUGUACGACCACUACAACAUGGACAACUACCCCAUCGGCACCAACGCCAUUGUCGCUGUGAUCUCCUACACUGGCUACGAUAUGGAGGACGCCAUGAUCCUGAACAAGUCGUCAUGGGAGAGGGGCUUUGGUCAUGGCUGUGUUUACAAGACUGAGCUGGUGGACCUGGCACAGAAGAUGAAGGGCGAGGACAACCUGGUGUUUGGGGUCAAACCCGGUGACUCCAAGGUAAUGGACAAACUGGACGCUGAUGGGCUGCCCUCCAUCGGCGCAGUGCUACAACAUGGAGACCCCUUCUACAGCUACAUCAACCUCAACACCGGACAAACCUUUGUCAACUUUUACAAGAGUCAAGAAAGCUGUGUAGUAGACAACAUCAAGGUGUGCAGCAAUGAUGUGGGCUCGGGCCGCUUCAAGCGCGUCUGCAUCACCGUGCGAGUGCCCCGUAACCCCACCAUCGGGGACAAGUUCGCCAGCCGCCACGGGCAGAAGGGUAUCCUGAGCCGCCUGUGGCCUGCCGAGGACAUGCCCUUCACAGAGAGUGGGAUGACCCCCGACAUUCUGUUCAACCCUCACGGCUUCCCCUCCCGCAUGACCAUCGGCAUGCUCAUCGAGAGCAUGGCCGGCAAGUCGGGCGCCCUCCACGGCCUGUGCCACGACGCCACUCCCUUCACUUUCUCCGAGGAGAACUCUGCACUGGAGCAUUUUGGGGAUAUGUUGCGCGCUGCCGGCUACAACCACUAUGGAACCGAGCGCCUCUACAGCGGCCUCAGCGGCCUGGAACUAGAGGCGGACAUCUUCAUCGGCGUGGUCUACUACCAGAGGCUGCGUCACAUGGUCUCCGACAAGUUCCAGGUGAGGACCACUGGCGCGCGGGACAAGGUGACCAACCAGCCGGUGGGCGGAAGGAACAUCCAGGGGGGCAUCCGCUUCGGGGAGAUGGAGCGCGACGCCCUGCUGGCCCACGGGACCUCCUUCCUGCUCCACGACCGCCUCUUCAACUGCUCUGAUCGCUCUGUGGCACAGGUGUGUGUGGACUGUGGUAGCCUACUGUCCCCUCUACUGGAGAAACCACCACCCUUCUGGUCGGCCACACGCCACCGCAAGACUGUCUGCCUCCUCUGCGGCAAGAGUGACUCCAUCGAUACGGUGUCUGUGCCAUACGUCUUCCGCUACUUUGUUGCCGAGCUGGCGGCGAUGAACAUCAAAAUCAAAUUGGACGUGAAGUGAAUUCAAUGUGAAGUUUGUUCAGUCUACCUACCAGCCACAGACAGUGCUAUAUUGUGCACAGGAAGUGUGUCUUCUCCCGUGUGACUGGCAGUGUUCAGAUAUUAGGCCUUAUGUUUUGUAUUAAACGCUUUAUCUCCAAAUAUAAUCUGUCACAUGUAAAAAACAAAGCCAUACUGCUCCCCAGAAUGGCCAAGUGCUUGAGGUUUACCCUCUUGUUGUCCAGAAUGGUCUCUACCUAUCAUAAGUUAUGGCUAAAUUGAGACUUGGGUCAAGGAUGGAUAGUACUUUCCAAAAAUGUUCAGAAGUUACAAAGAUAUUGUGCAGUAACUGUCUAACAUACACAAUAUUGUUUUGUAAAUCAGUAUAUUUAGAGUGAAAUCCGCUAAGAAAAUACAUUGUGAUGGUGUACAUUGCGCAUGAGACAGUCGAUUGUGACUACUAGGUAAUAAAAGGUUUUGUCAAUGACUAACUACACUUUACUCUUCAGAAUGACAAUAAAUACACGUUCAAGUUGUUCCUGUCAUAACCAGCACUUUUGAAGGAGACAAUGUUGUUCACAGGGCUUUAGCUUCUUGUGUCCUGUUUCUUAGACCUACCAGAAGAUGCUGUUAGAGGACAGGCUCAUUAUAAUGGCUGGAAUGGAAUCGAUGGAACGAAGCGUUGUUUCCAUUGGUUUGAUUCCGUUCCAGCCAUUUACAAUGAGCCGCUCCUCCCACCAGCCCACUGCUACCUACUUCCCCUAACAGAUAAAGUAGUCAAGUGUAUAAUAUAUAUUUUUUUUAAGAGUAGACAAUGAACAAUGCAAUAGGCCAUGUCAUUUGGUAUGUAAACACAAUUAUUACACCCUUUCACCCACAUUGAAGAUGAACGAAAAGCAGCUGAUUUGAUUUUCACAAUUCCCUUUUUACAAGAAACCCAUGUCAUUAAUGCAGGCCUUUGGAAACAAUCUUCAUUUACAGUACAUUUGGAAAGUAUUCAGACCCCUUGACUAUUUCCACAUUUUGUUACAUUAAAGCCUUAUUCUAACAUUGAUUAAAAUUUGUUUUCCCCCCUCAAUCUACACACAAAGCAAAAACAUUUUUUAUUUUAUUUUUAAAUUUGCAAAUGUAUUAAAAAUAAAGACGUAAUCACAUUUACAUGUA